AUGGACAUGACUAGCAGUGCGUCGGUGACCAGCGGCAGCGGAAGCGGCGGUGGCGCGUGGCUACGCGCCCACCACGACCCGUACGCGUCGCUGUACGCCCUCCCCGGCGGUCUGUGCACGGCCGACGUGCUGGCCGACGGCGACCAGCGACUCCUGGUGGCCGACUUGCGCAACGGAGGUCGCCUGCGUCUCUUCCGCGGGGGACGCCAGCAGCAGCAAGGCGAACAGGCGCUAGCCGCGUUGCCAUGCGGGCUGGCUGCCUUCCGUACGGAGUCGGCACCGCCGGGCCAGCCUCCGUCCGUGGCGGUGGCAGCGGGCUCCUGCCUGUACGUGUACCGCAACCUGAGGCCCUUCUACAAGUUCAGCCUGCCCCACACGGCUGCGGACGAGGAAGAGAAGGAGGCAUGGUCCAAGCAGCAGGAUCCGGACGCCCUGAGGGAGGCCCUCGAGACUCUGCGGUCUCAGGGCGGGAUGGGCAGAUUGACGGCACGAUCUCAGAGGUUUCUGCUGUUGGAGCCUGAAGAGGCGAAGGCGUUCGUCGAGGCCAACUGGGAAUUCCCGCUCAAGCGACAGACACAGGUGACCGCCCUGGGCGUGCUGAAGAAAAGCCUGGCGGACGAAGACGCUGCGAGCUGCCUGCUGCUCGCCACCGAGGACGGACGCCUGUUUGUGCUCGAACCGGACGCAUUCACGCUGCUCGCAGCCGUGCAGGUUCCGGGCGCCGUGUGCUGCCUGGACGCGCAGGGCGCCUUCGACGUGGACUUCCACGUGGCCCUGGCCACCCGGGACGACCGGCUGCACCUCGUCAAGCGGGGACACAAGGCAUCGCGCGUGCUGGCCGAGCCAGGGGCACCCGCCGUCGGGCUGUGCCACCUGGAGCCCGGACAACUGGUGGCCGCGUGUGCCGACCGACGCCUGCGCGCCUACUCGCUCAAGGGCCAGUGCGUGUGGAGCGUGUCGCUGGGAGCCCAGCCGUUGGCGGUGGCCGCGGUCUGUAGUCCGGGCGUGUGCCAGGCGGCAGCCGUGGCGCUCUCCGACCGCCGUGUGGUGCUGCACGGAGCCGCCGACGGGGCACCAACGCACGUGCUGAACACGAGGGACGCCGUGUCGGCCAUCCACUUUGGCCGCCUCGGCAGGGAGGACAACGCCCUGGUCAUGGUUGGCACCGGAGGCAGCCUGACGGUGCUGAUUCUGCGCCGCAACGCCCAGCUGCUGCUGUCACCCUCCUCUUCGUCCCGAGAGGCGCCUGGCGCAGUGGGCGGUCCCCGGUGGAGCCUGCCCAAGAAGACCAAGCUGUUCGUGGACCAGACAAUGCGCGAGAGGGAGCACUCGGUCGCCAUGCACCGGGGUUUCCUACGCGACCUGCAGCGGCUGCGGCUGACGGCAGCGCGCCACUACCACCGCGCCGUGCUGGGAGCUGCGGCACCGGCACGCGCCACCGACGACACGGGCGCCGCAGGGCCCGUGCUCGUCGAGCUGUCGGCGCAGGUGCAGGGAUUGGGACCCCGGCUCGCCGUGCACGUGCGCCUGCAAUCAUCGCGCCCUCUGAACAGGCUCACCAUGGUUGUGCACGGAGAUGACCAGUACCGACUGCAAAAGCCCGCGACGCAGGUGGCCUACCUGGUACCAGGCCUCGCUUACCGGUACACCGCAAUGGUCACAGCGGAGUCUGGUGCAGCCGGAGUACUGAAGGUGGUCGUGGCUCGGCAGACGAGGGUCCUGGCAACAGCCCUGGUGCAGAUGCCCGCACUGGACAUGCCUUGA